UAAGUGUGUACACACUGGAGCGCGUGCACACGGCGACAAUCUUGGUAGUCAGUCUGCGGAUUGCAGCGAAUUCGCUCAUUUGAAAAAAAUAAAACAUGGCUGGAAGAGGUGGUUAUGAACACGCUAGAGGUGGCUUUGGAGGAGAGCGUCAUGUGAAGCAAUUGCCAACGGAACCGCCUUUUAUUGCGUACGUGGGCAAAUUGCCACAGGGUCUCGUACAGGGCGAUGUUAUGAAAAUAUUUAAUGAUUUCGAGGUGAAACACGUGCGACUAGUAAAGGAUCGCGAAACGGAUCAGUUCAAGGGUUUUUGCUAUGUGGAGUUCGAGACACUUGAUAACUUGGAGCGAGCUCUUGAAUGCGAUGGACGAAUCAAAUUGGAUGAUCUUUCGGACCCGCUGAAGAUAGAUAUAGCAGAUCGCAAGAAAAAUGAUCGCCCGGGUGGCGGCAAUGGCGGCGGCAUGAAUCGCGAUGGUCGGGAUGGGUUCCAAAAGCGCGGACCACCGCGUCAGGGCGGCACCAGUCAAUCGUAUAGCCGAGGCGGCCCUGGCACCGGCGGUGGUCGUGAGGCCGGCGGCGGCUCUGGUAAUCGCGGCGAUAGUAGAGGUUCGUACAAUGAUAAUUAUGGUGGUCACAGUGAUAGAAGUCGUGGCGGCGCCAGCUCCGGCAUGAAUAGAGGAUACAAUGAUCGCCCGGCUAAUCGCGGCCGUUAUGGUAACUUUAACAAUGACGAGAGAUUCGAUCGCAAUCAGGAUCGGGAUCGUGGGCAGCGCGAGGGCAGUUAUGGAAAUCAGUCGCGCGAUGGCGAUCGAUACAACAAUUUCAGCCGGCAUCGUGAUCGUGAGCGCACCCACUACAAUCCCAACCAGCAGCAGGAACGUCCCAGCGGCGUUGCAAUGGGCGCCAUCGGUAACAAUUCAAUUAUGCCUGGACCAAAUUCCAAGAUUGCUGAUACUGAAUUUCACAUUGCAGAUGAUACGGAGCGGCCACGCCUGCAGCUAAAGCCGCGAACUAUUGCGGCGCCUAUCAAUGCGGUGGCCGAAACCAAACAAUCGGCAUCCAUUUUUGGCAAUGCCAAGCCGCGGGAGGAGAAACUGAAGGAGCUGCAACAGAAUGUCAAUCACAAUGGCGAUAACUAGGCGGCUCUGAAAUCUUUAAAUAUGCCUAAAUGAUAUUUAAACAAAGUAAAAAGCAAAAAACAUAAAGCAAAAGAAAAUAAGAGACAAGUUAAUGGAAAUGAUAGAGGCAUAUAUCAUUGGUGUGAGAGAGCGGCGUGCAUAUAUAUGAAGAGAAGCGGAAGAGGAGAUGGAAGCAAAAGCAAAAACAAUACAAAAUAUAAUUAAUAACUAUGCUAUAUAUACUAUGCUAUAUAUAUAUAUUAUAUAAAAAGCUAUGUACUAUGCAAACAAUACACAUAAACAACAUACUUGGCUGGCGCCCUCCCCUGUCAGCCAAAACAACAAAGCAACUUAACAAACAACAAAACAACCAAGAAAAAGGAAACAAACAAAUGGAAUCACAGCAAAGCAAACAAUACGACAAAAUAACUUUCUAACUUCAUGAGUGUUCGUUGGAACAACAGCAACAGAAACCACAACAACAACAACAACAACUGCAAUGGAAAGUCUUUAAAUGUUAGUCUGUAAGCAGCGGUAAAGUUA